AUGUUUCUGGCUGCAAAGGAAAUGCUAGAAUAUGAUCGGAAGAUGACAGAAACUCUAGCUAAUAGUAUUGCUUCUCUUGAAGAUACCAAGGCAUCGAUUCUGUCGAGUAACCGUAUAGAAAUGAAGGAUAGAUGUACGACCAGCAAUGUGAACCGAGAAACCGUAAUAUCCAGCGGUCGAGUUGGAGCGGUCUCGCUUGCUGGAGGAGCAGUUCGUCUUGUACUCAAGGAAUCGGCUACCCUUCCAUCAGCCAUGGCUAAAGGCGCUGUUCAUGCAAUCACAGCUGUAGGAAUCGCGAUUGACGUUUUAACUGUAGCAUUGAGUGUGAAGGGUAUGGUGAAUGGAUCUCGAUCGGAAACGGCUACGAAACUACGUGAAGCUGCAGAAGAACUGAAAAACAGCAGAGAAGCAAUUACCCGUCAUUUUCUCAUGGAUUAUCUUUUGUAG